UUCAUUAACUAAAAAAUUGCUUUUUAGUGCCUAAAAAUAGUGCACAUUUGAAGAAAAAUGUCAUGAGAUAGAAUUUCUCCUUUUUAAUUUCAUUUGACCCCUUAUUUUAUGCUCAAAAAAGUUUGCAGUUAUGGAUAUAUCGGGAUCGUUUUUGAACUUGGGUACUCCGUUAUCAGUACCAUCUCAACCAGAUCCGGUUGAAGAACAACAUAUUCAAGAGCUUCAAAGGCAACUUCAACCAUCUCCUAUUCAGCCACAACAACAUGAUACCUUGCAAAGCCCUCAAAGUCAACACAUGCAACACCAGCGGACUAAUGUUAGUGUUAUACAGCCAUAUACGUUAAGUUCCGGAUUAACUCCUCAACCACAGCAAUCUCUUCUACAACCUCAGACUCCAUUACGAGAGAGUGCAACCUCUUUGCUGUCCAGUAAUGCUACUCUUGCCCUGACACCAGGAGGUGCUGGAGGAUUAUUUCCUAGCACUCCUGGGGGACCGAUGACUCCCAUGACACCCAUAACGCCAUCUUCUGCAGAUCCUGGCAUUAUUCCUCAAUUGCAAAAUAUUGUAUCAACUGUAAAUCUUGGUUGCAAAUUGGAUUUAAAGAAAAUAGCUCUUCACGCAAGAAAUGCAGAAUACAAUCCUAAACGUUUUGCUGCUGUCAUUAUGCGCAUAAGGGAGCCAAGAACUACAGCUUUGAUAUUUAGUUCAGGCAAAAUGGUCUGCACUGGAGCCAAAAGUGAAGAACAAUCCAGAUUAGCUGCAAGGAAAUAUGCUAGAAUUGUACAAAAGUUGGGCUUUGAGGCAAAGUUUUUAGACUUCAAAAUUCAGAAUAUGGUUGGAAGCUGUGAUGUCAAAUUUCCAAUUAGAUUAGAAGGUCUGGUUUUAACCCACAGUCAGUUUUCAAGUUAUGAACCUGAACUUUUUCCUGGUCUUAUAUAUCGAAUGGUAAAGCCAAGAAUUGUCUUAUUAAUUUUUGUUUCUGGAAAAGUUGUACUUACUGGUGCUAAAGUCCGAGCAGAAAUUUAUGAAGCCUUUGAAAAUAUCUAUCCCAUUCUGAAAGGAUUUAAAAAGCAAUGA